UCACUAUUUCAUCAUCUCGUUCCUGUGUGGCGUCGGCGGCGUAUGCAGCGCACCGCUGAAAUCACGCCGAGUGCAAAAGUUCCCUUUGUGAUUGUGUGAAUAUUAUUGUGGUUCGGUGAUUGCUUACUGUCUUCGUGGUGGUUGGUGUGUCUGAUCAGCUGGUGCGAACGGCUACUAGUAGAUGUGGAAGAUGUGGACCCCGUCGUACGAGAUUAUCGUGGAAACCCUAACCGGGUCCGAGUUUGAGGUGACCGUUGGCGAUCGGGACACGGUCGGCUACAUCAAGUCCAAGAUCCAGAAGUAUGAAGGAAUACCGGUCAACCAGCAGCAUUUGCUGUACAACCACAAGGAGCUGAGCGACACCAUGGAGAUGAAGGAUAUCCCGCUCGUCAACGGAUCCCGCCUGAAGCUGGUGCUGGGCAUGAAGGGUGGUCCCAUCUCGUCCAAGCGGGUCGUUACCAUUUCCGACUACGAGAAUUGGUUCGACAUGAGCGAUGUGCUCUCGAGGCAAGAUGCAUCCAACUUCAAGGCACCCGGACUGAAACUGCUGGUAAACAAAAAGAACAUCCACCGGUUGAUCAAGGUUCGCGCUGAAAAGGCUUCCGACAGUAUCAAAGGAUCGGUUUCCAGAACAAUCGGCAGCCAAAGUGGAGACGACAUUGACAGCGAAGAAUUGGAAAGGGAAACUCAAAAGGAACGCGACGAUAAGAUUACGGCUGAGAAGUUGAACCAAAUUAAAACUAAAAUCAUGAUGAAGAAGAAAAAAUUGGCGAACUCAACCCUACCAGCUGCGACUGAUUCGGAAAUGGUCUUCAAAGAGGAGAGAGCGCCUAUCGCACGCCCUACGUAUUCGGCUGGUCCGAUUGGGUCGGCGAUUCCGCAUCAUUCUCGACCGCUAUCGUCACACACGGCCUCCAUUGCCACGGCCACCCGAGAACCGUUCUUGCCACAUAUCAACUUUCACAAUCCUAUCACUCGGCAGACGACCACGACAAUAGAGUUGGAUCGGUACUCGCAGAUCCGUGAAAAUCUGCAGCGUAAUCGUUCCUUCAAGACCAUCAGUGUCAAACACUUUAACGUAUCCGCCCACGAUAUGACGACGGCGCACCACGAUUCGAGCAAACUCGAGCGGUCGCUGUCGUUCCACUCUAACGGUAUCCUGAACCGCAUGGACUCCGAUUCCACCGGUGCAGCCGGAAGUACCCACAGCGCCCACAGUCAAUCCCAGCAAGAAUUUUAUUCCACCUCGAUGCACGACAUUAUCGAAUUGCUCAAGUGCCCCUCCAAACUGCGAACCAUUUCGCACGACGCCCUCAACAAGAUAAUAUCCAAGAAGCCACCCCACCACACCUCGACCAAGCUGUUGGAAAACAGUUCGCUGAAGAAUAUUGACGAAUUCCUACGGGACUACGAUGUGACCAUGUCGAACCGACUGAAAGCGGCCGCUGCUACAACGGCGACAACCGCCGGCGAUUGUUCCAAUCUGCUGGCCGAGAGUAUGUACAAUAAGGACACGGGAUUUGCCUCAGCGGAACUAGCUUUCGAUAAGACUUCCAAUACUGGCACAUUGGACAAAACGUUCCGGACGCUGUACAAAUCGACUUCGGACGACAACAGUUCGUACGAGCUGCCAAAACUCCUCAUCCGCGAGGACUCCCCGGUGGAAUCGUUCCAUAGUUCCUAUCCUCAGUUGGAAACGGUUGCACUGCGUGGUGAAUCGCCGAAAAAUUUCAACUCCAUCACCAAACUGCAGGAUACCGGACCCGGUGGAUCCCUAGCCGAUAAUGCGACAUCGCUUGCUCCGGGUGGGUUAACCAAGGCCAACAGUGAGAAAAGCAAGUUGGCUUCCGGGUCCCUACUGCAGCUGUACGAACAUCCUCCGGCACCGACGGCAGCGGCAACCACCACGGCUGCUAUCGGUAGCGGCGGACUAGGCAGCGGGGGGAUCUCGAACGGUGGAACCUGGGCACCACACUACGGGGGUGUUGGCGGCCAUCAUCAUUCGGAUUUGGGCAUUAACGAACUGGAACUGAAGUUCAUCAACAAUGGACUGAUGGAUAAAGGUGCUAGCAGCAGUAAUUCCGUGUUUAAAUUGCCGGCAGUUUCAAAUCUGGAAAUCAAUCACUGGAAUGCCCUUUCGAAUGAUUCGGUGGAUGGCAAGGAUAAGGAGGAAGAGCAAGCCUCCAACCCGAGAACGUCCAACGGAUUCAUUCAUAGUGAUUUGUCAAUUUCGUCCGAUGAGGACGAUUUGUUCAGCAUUUCGGAUUUGAUCUACAAAAAUCAGGCGAACAAGUCCAAAUCGAUCGACUUGAAUGAGUUCCGGAAGACGUUCGGAAGCAGCCCGACACUCCUAAACAACUUUGGUGGAACGAACACCAAUCUUGCGCCUCAGUUAUCCCGACUGGAUGCCAUUCCUUCACAGUAUCGAAGGGGUUAUACCAAUCUGAACGACGCAGGCCUUUCCUGUUCGACUUCGGAGCUGGAGUGUGUCAAUGCGACGACCAAGAAAAAGACUGGAAGCGGUGAUAACGGGGAACUAUCGCCACUACUCAAACAUAGAAACAAUGAUCAUAUUGCCUAUGUUAGAAGUUAUGAAAAUUUGAACCGCUACAAGGCGUUCUCGACGAAGAACGGGGACGCCAGUGAUAUCCUUCGGUGUCAACAGGGUGCCGGGCAGUUGCUGCCCGGAAUUAGCAAUUUAGAUAGCAUCGCCGACUCCGAUCUGAACAGCAGUAGCGGUUCCGGAUCUAAUCUGAUCGAUGAUAGCUUUACCGAUUUCGAAUAUAGGUUCUCUAGGUUAAGUUGUUCCGGUGGCAAUGGUCAUCACAGCGGAGGUUGUAGUAGUACUAAUGCUAGUAGUAAUACUCAAAACAGUAGCAGUAGUAGUAGUAGUAAUCCUAAUAAUUGCCAGAAUAGUCACCGGAUGCCAUCGUUGAACGACUUGAACCAUCGGAAUCGAUUGCUGCAAGGUCACCCACCUCCAUUCAAUAGCACCUCGUCGCCAUUUAGUAAUAGUAAUAACUCCAACACCGCUGCAAACUACUACUUUCCUUCGGAUGAAAGCCUUUUCAAUAUAGAUUCGUUCUUCGACGAUUUCGUUGAAAUCGAUACCAGUGAUAUAUUCGACAGUGCCGAGUACAUCAAUAUUGGAGGGGGAGCCCGCGGUUCGAACUCUUCCUCCUCUAAAAUGUUACCAAAAACGAACAAUUCCGCCCUUCUGCUUCCGGAUAUCCUGCAACAGGACGAGCUCCUGUUGAAACCCCAUUCCGGUUACGCCGAUGCCGACGACAUCCUGAAUGGCACCAACGGCGGCGGACGCACUUCAUCCAUCCACCAGUUGGACAGCGGUGAACCCAUAAGUCUGAAUGAUCUUCCGCCGCUGGUCCGACUCCCGCCGCCACUGGAUCACCACUCACAGCAAUCGCCCAAUUCCACCAUGCAACAUCACCCGGCCGAACCGCUCAAAUCGAAAAAGCUCCGGUGCGCUCAAUGCAAUCGCAAACUGGGCGUCAUCAUGAUCAUGAAGUGUCAUUGUGAGAAGAUUUUCUGUGCCCAGCAUCGGUACGCCGAAGCGCACAACUGUUCGUACGAUUUCAAGCUCGAGGGCAAGAAAAUCCUCGAACGCGAAAAUCCACUGAUUGUGGCACAAAAAUUGCCCAAAAUCUAGGCCCGCACCUACACGUGUUUAUUGUGUUAUUAGUUUGAAUUGUUUUCUUGAUCCAAAACCGUGACAUGUAGAACGACUUACGGUGCACGUAUAACAAACGUCAGUUGCCGCUACAUGCCAUUUUCAGUUAGUAACACUUAGUUUUUUUUUCUUUUAAGGGGAAAUAUUUGGAAAGUUUGAUAGUAAAUAUGUUUUCAGGUUUCCCUCGUAGAUUUAGGUCAAGUUCGAAGUUCUUGACGUUUAGCAACAAAAGCAAAGGAAUACAUUUAUCUUGUUAUAGUUUAGUAAUCUAGACACAUCAAAUUGCAUUCGAUUAUCUGGGAGUGCAAUGAUUAUAUUAUGUUCAAUUAUGUAGCAGCAGUACAUUUCUUUCCAUUAGAAUAUUGCUUUGGCACGGAAAAUGCAGUAAUGUGCGAUUUGGAAAACUAGGUGUUAGGGAAAUUCAAUGGGAUUGCCUGGUAGGUUCGAUACUGAAAGUUCUGAUUUUAGUAGAAAACUAUGUGACAUUGACAGCACGGGUGCACCUUGCUAGGAAGAAAUGGUUUUGCCUUAUUAUGUAUCAUUAGUGCUACCAAUCGUUUUUUAUUUUGUAAAUUCAUAGAGCAAAUCUUAUCAGAAUAUCUAUUAUCUACUUUCGUAAAAAGUAAUUUCAUAAAACCUUAUAAUUGCAAAAAGACACGGAUAUAGAGGGAAAAAUUAAAAGGUAAAAAAUAUUUAGCUAGAUACUCCAUCUACCUAUUUCGAAUUCUAUAGAUGAUAUAUUCAAUGUUUAAAACAAACCACAAAAGUUCGAAAAAAUCAAAUCGGAAUCACAAACCCGAGUAAAAUGAAGAAAAAAUAUAUAUCAUUCUGCUCAUCGGUCCACGGUACGAAAUAAAACAAACCAAAGCAUGAUUUUCAAAAUCAAACUAACCUGAACGCACGAAGAAAUGUGAACUAGUAGUAUGGCCAGCCGCACACAACAGGCAAAAACGGCAACUCAAAAUACCUACACUACAGUCAAUAAAGCAGAGAUCAUCAUCUAGCGAAAGAGAAGAGCAUAUUUUACCUAUACAUGCAACUAUACGCAUAGUAACUUAUUUUCUUUAUUAUUUUACUGGUGGUUUUUCAAGUAGUUUCCAAUUUAUACUGGAUAGUAAUCAAUAGACGAUUCGCGUUAGCAGUAACAUAAAAUCGCUGUGCGUACAUGUAAUUUGGAUUAUAUCGAUAAUAUUGGUCCCUAAUUGCAUAACACAAUUUACCAUUUAAUCAACUACUAUCGUGAAGUAACUGGGUGGAAAAAUAAAACAAACCAAUAAAAAAAGAAACUACUAGUGUCGCAAAAUGUAAACGUCAGUUCAGAGCUACAAUUCUAGAAAUUUAUUCUUGCAAGCGUAAUAAUUUAUUACUUACCUAAACAAGAAAAAAAAGCUACAAAAAAUAGUGAAAAAAAAACUAUAAACAAUAAAAAUGCAUAAAAAGCUCACAAAGUAAAA